AAGAUAUUUUUCUGGUAGAUUUAGUUGUUUUCGAACAAUUAUCCAAAAAUGUUCGUGCUUCUCGUGGUUUUGGCGGUCGUCGCCGUUUACUACUUUCUCAAGCUGAAUUAUCGAUAUUGGGAGAAAAGAGGAGUCGUGGGGCCUAAACCUAACUUCCUUGUGGGUAAUUUGGGGAAAAGCUUCAUCCUGAAAGCUUCACCUGGAGAAAUUUUUGCCGACGUCUAUAACCAAUAUGGUGACGCCGAAAUGGUGGGGAUGUUCCGCGCCACCACCCCCAUCCUCCUCGUGCGCGACCCCGCCCUCGUCCGAGAAGUAACAGUGAAAUCUUUCAACAGCUUCCGGGAAAACGACUACGAAGUCAGCAAAAAGCACGACCCGAUUUUUGGAAGAAACCCCUUCGUGCUAAAAGGGGAAGAAUGGAAAGUGGUUAGGUCACAACUAACCCCUGGCUUCACAAGCGGAAAAAUGAAAUGGUUGUACCCAUACCUAGUAGAAAAUAGCAAAAAUUUGGCAACAUUUAUCCAAAAUUGCACCGAAAACACCGAUGCCAAAGACAUCUGUAGACGAUUCACUUUGAACAACGUCGCCAGCUGCGCCUUCGGUCUCGAAGGCAAAUGCCUCGAAGAAGAAAACAGCGAGUUUCGACAACUCGCCAAAGACUUUUUCUCUCCAGCUACCGGUUUCUUUCUCAUGACUGUAUCACCACCUUUAUCGAAAUUGUUAUCAGUCAGCUUCAUCAAGAAAGAAAUGGAGAAAAAAUUCAUCCAGAUCGUCCGACAAGUGUUACAGUACAGAGAAGAGAACAACGUAGUCAGAAACGAUUAUCUACACGUCGUGAGUCAACUGAAGCAAACUGAAGAUUUUAAAUUCACUGAUGAAGAUGUGACGGCUCAUGCAGCCGGUUUCUUCGGCGAAGGCUACGAAACGAGCUCGAUUUUGAUGAGUUUUGUUUUGUUCGAGCUCGCGGCUAACUUAGACGUGCAAGAAAAAUUGAGAGAGGAAGUGAGAAGAGUAUAUGAAGAGAACGGUAACGAGUUGCCGUACGAAACACUGCAGGCUUUGCCGUAUUUGGAUGGUGUGAUUAACGAAACCCUUCGUAUUCAUCCGCCGAUGUUUUCGCUUCAGAAAAUCUGUACCGAGGAUUUUAAUUACGGUUUAAGGAAUGGCAAACAGGUCACUAUUGAGAAAGGUACUCCGAUUAUUCUACCGGUGUAUGGACUCCAUCACGACCCUAAGUACUAUGAGGAUCCGAAAGUGUUCAAACCUGAGCGGUUCGUUGGAGAAAAUAAAGAGAAACUGACGAAGUAUACGUUUAUUCCUUUCGGAGAAGGACCGAGGAUAUGUUUAGGUAAACGAUUCGGCGUCCUCCAAAUCAAAGUUGGAAUAGCAUACGUCAUCCUCAACUACUGUCUGUCUGUCGGGAAGAAAACGCAGCUGCCCAUCAGAUACGAUCCAAUUAAUAUAAUGACUGUACCCGUGGGGGGUUUAUGGAUUAACUUCUCUAGAUUAUAAAAUACUUUUCUUGU